AAAUAAAAAGGAUAUAAACGAGUCGUAUAUUAUUACCAGGCCCCAACGGUCGAAUUUCAGUGUGAAUCAAUCCAUCUAGAGAAAGAGAGAGAGAGAGAGAGAGAAGAUGAAGCAAAGGAAGAGAGCGCAAAGAGAGCCGUCAGAAACCCUAACGCAGGAAUUAACAGUAGAGAUCGGCGACGACGGAGAAAGGAAAGGCUUUUACGCUUGCUAUCUAUUGGUUUCCCUCAGUCCUCGCCACAAAGGCCAUACUUACAUUGGAUUCACAGUGAACCCACGACGUCGUAUUAGGCAGCACAACGGCGAAAUCGGGUGCGGAGCGUGGCGAACCAAGAAGAGGCGUCCUUGGGAGAUGGUCUUGUGCAUCCAUGGCUUCCCUUCUAACGUUUCCGCUCUUCAGUUUGAGUGGGCAUGGCAGCACCCAAACGAAUCGUUGGCUGUGAGGAAAGCGGCCGCGAGUUUUAAGUCUUUAUCUGGAAUAGCCAAUAAGAUCAAACUGGCAUACACCAUGCUUACCUUACCUUCAUGGCAGAGCUUGAACAUCACUGUAAACUAUUUCUCAACAAAGUACACUCAGCACUCUGCUGGCUGCCUGAGUUUGCCGCAGCACAAGAAGGUCAAAAUUUGUCCCAUGGAUGAGCUUCCGUGCUAUGUCAAAGGGGAUGAGGGUUUGUUUGAAAAUGAGGGCGAAUGGGAUAAUGAAGAACGGGAUGAAGCUGGCAGCGGCAGUGAAAGUGCAGAAGAAACAUUGUCAAAUUCCAUGUUUGGAAACACGGAAGAACAUGAUAAGAACGGCCUUGGUAAACUAUAUGGCUGGAUAACUGAAGGAGAAGAUUGUAGAGAACAAUCUACUUUUGCAGAGUUACCUGCAAGACCAUCUUCAAAUGUGAGUAGUAGUGGUUCACUUGCUGGAGAAUUUACUGAUGAUACUGGUAUCUCUGGGCUAUUUAAAGACGAAAGUUUUAAAUCGAAGCGACCAGCAAAGGAUCCAUCUAAAUCUCUAGUAACCAUAGACGAUGAUCAACCACCUAGCAGCCAUAUUGUGCCUAGUGAAGUAGAGAUUAUAGAUGUGACGACUCCAUCUCCUCUAUGCAGAAGUAGCUUGUGGGGGAACAAGGCCAACAAAAGAGCAAGGAAUAAAGAGCCCCACAAUGCGCCUGGUGAAGUAGAGGUGGUAGAUUUGACGACUCCAUCUCCUCUAUGCAGAAGUAGUCUAUGGAGGGAUUUGAUUAACUAUGCCUAAAAGGGUUAAAUGGUGAAUUAGAACAGGUUUCCGAAAAUUUAAGGGUGAAUUAGAAGAUGCUUGUUUUCUGUGUUAUAGGUGUGUUACUACUAUAAAAAGUGAGAGUUGCAGUUAUUCUCGCUGCUCGCAGCAUACUUGUUGUACUGUUUCAUGCCGUUGACUCACUCAACAACGAAUCAAUAAGAAUAU